AUGCACUGCCUCACAUCACAGGGGGCCAAGUCCAGUCAGGGGCACUCAGAGGCAGGAGCCUUUGAGGGAUGUGACCAGUCUGUUGUCCGAGCUCAGGGAGAGACUGCCAAGCUCACGGGAGGAGGGACGCUGCAACAUCUGUCUGGCUCUGAGGUCCAGUCAGUUUUUAAACCACAGAACCAAAGCCCAGAGAAGGAGUUCGACAAUACUCUACAGACUUCACUCUGGACAGAAACACAGUGUCACGAACUGGUCUCUGUCUGA